AUGGCGGACGACAAAAACAACCACAAGCUGGUGGAUGAUGAUGACUAUGGCCACCGACAGUAUGUUCCACGACCUUUGUGUGAACAAACAACGUUUAGUUGUAACAAAUUACUACUCUUCUUGUAUCAACUGCUCUACCUGUUUGUUGGACUGGGACUAUUUGUCUUGGGAGUAUUUACAGAAUUGGAACGGCAGAACCAUCGACACCUCAACAAUUCACUCUCUCUCCCUGUAGCCCUUGUCAUGUUUGUUGGACUCUUUGUUGCCAUCAAUGCAGUUGGUGGUAUCUAUGGCACAGUGAAAGAGAAUUCUCUCCUCCUGAAACUUUUCCUGUCCUUCACAGUGAUAGCGUUUGUCGUACAAGUAGCGAUUGGAGUUCUGGCCUACAUCUAUAAACGCAAG